UCUACGAUAGCCUUAUAGCAACGGGCUUUGAAAAUCCCUCAUAUCCAUUCGCAUAGUCGUAUAGCCGCACGUCAGCUAUAAAAAGACCCCAUCUCUGCUGGCAGUUACGCUCAUUCGAUUGCUCAACCAGUUACCCAUACCCACCAAUAUAAUCAAUCGCCAGCUAUCAUGAAGGCCCCCAUUUCCAGUUCCACUCAAGAUGACAUGAAAGUCUAUUACAACGAAACUCUGAAAGGUGGUUUUCGAGGAGCGUUGCUUGCUGCCGCCAUCACUGGAACAUCAUACUUCGUUUUAACUAAGCGUUCACCCACAUUUCGCUCUUUACCCCUCCCUGCGAAAGCAUUUGGCGGAGUAGUCAUCAGUAUUCCUUGUAUGUUCAUCUCUGCCGAGAGAGCUGGUCUGGCGUAUGAGCGGGCACAAUGGUCUGGUGUCGGCCAGAAGGAAAUUGAGCGCAACAUAGAGAGGCAGUCAGAAAGGUGGGGAAAGAUGACACAAAUGGAAAAGGCCAAGAAUUGGGUCGGAAAUCACAAAUACAGUCUUAUCAGUGCCGCUUGGGUCGGGUCCUUAGGUUUAGCUUUCGGCAUCGUCGCCAGAAACCCUUAUCAGACUACAGCUCAGAAGGUAGUGCAAGCCCGUAUGUGGGCUCAAGGCCUCACUGUUGGACUCUUAGUCGGAGGUGCCUUGUUGGCUGGUGCCAAUUCCAAUCCCCCUGACGAGUUUAGUCAAAAGAAAGAAGGUGACCACUCAUGGCGAGACAUCCUCGAACUUGAUGAGCACUUGACUCAAGAGGAGCGUGCCCAGCUACAUGGGAAUGCCGACCCAAAGAAGUUGAAGGAAAUUCAUGAGGCUGCCCUCAAAAGAAAAGCUGCGGUUGGCAAAGUAUAGACUAGUGUGGCCUCCAUGUCCCAUUAUUGGUAUAUUAAGAGGAGGGUGAAAGAGAAGGUAAAAUUAAGUAUGUGUAUUUCGAUCCAGAAUGUACCCAAAUAGCAUGCCAACGACUUCGUCAAUCUCUCCACCUAUGCAACUUGUGUUUUUCAGGG